AUGUUAGCACUACGCCGCCCUCAGACCCAGCUGGAUAAGUGCAGCGUGAAUAUCCUCCCUUGCCGCAUUCACCACGACGGCCCCACGAAGAUUACGAAGAGAUAUUGGGCUCCUGCGGCUGAGAAAGGCGUGAUCAUCCAUUCCACAGAAGAACAUCUCACACCACAACAACCGAAGACGCACUCCAGCCCGACGUACACGGCGAUCGACGAUGACAUUGAGAUCGAAGAUGGAGAGGAUGACGACGAACCGCUCGAGCCAGUCCGCAUCCUCGAUGAGUUGUCCUCGUUCGAUGAGGUCGUCGUCUGGGGUCAUGAUCAGAUUCCCGCUAGUGAUGACCCGUUUGUCAGGGGCGUUGAGGAGUGGAUUGCUUUUGCAGAGGCCCUGCAUGGAGGAGGAGUUGGUGGAAGUAGAGGGCAAGCCACCCUCGAGGCAAAGGGGGAGAAAGGAGACGCCUUAAACUCUUGA